AAACCAUACCACCAUAUCCUCCAUUUUAUCACCUCUUAUUAAAUCCCACCCUCAUUCUCUCCACUCUUUGGCAAUUGGUAUUUCCUCCUCACAUACCACUUACCUAAAACCCCUCUAAACUCCUCUUACAAUGGCCACUGUCACUUCCUCUGCCGCCGUCGCCGUCCCAUCUUUUACCGGCCUCAAGGCCACGGUUCCGGCCAAGGCAUCAACAGUCAAAGUCAUACCCACCACCACCGCCGUCCCAAGAAUGUCAGUCAAGGCAUCCCUGAAGAACGUCGGCGCCGCCGUGGUCGCCACCGCCGCUGCCGGAAUUCUCGCCGGAAACGCCAUGGCCCUUGACGUCUUGCUCGGAGGCGAUGAUGGGUCAUUGGCUUUCAUCCCCAGUGACUUCACCGUUGCCUCCGGUGAGGAGAUCUUGUUCAAGAACAAUGCCGGAUUCCCACACAACGUUGUCUUCGACGAAGACGAGAUCCCUUCUGGUGUUGAUGCCGGAAAGAUAUCGAUGUCCGAGGAGGAUUUGUUGAAUGCUGCUGGUGAGACAUACAAAGUUACCCUCACUGAGAAAGGGACUUACAAGUUUUACUGCUCCCCUCACCAGGGUGCUGGUAUGGUGGGAAAAGUUACCGUUAAUUAACUAAUAUUUGAAUAAAUUCAUGAGUUUGUUGUAGAGCUAUUAUUAUAUUUUACAAAAAAUCUUGUUAAUUGGUACAAUUAGCACAUUUGUGUAAUCUUUUUUUUCUUCCCUUUAAUUAUUGUUUUAUAUCUUGUAUGAGCUAAUAAUUUUAUA